AUGGGCGACCUGGAGCUGCUGCUGCUGCCCGGGGAAGCUGAGGUGUUGGUGCGGGGACUUCGCAGCUUCCCGCUGCUGGAGAUGGGCUCUGGAGGGUGGAGCCAGCAGCAUGAGAACCUGGAGAAGCUGAACAUGCAGGCCAUCCUUGAUGCCACGGCCAGCCGAGGGGAGCCCAUCCAGGAGCUGCUGGUCACCCAUGGGAAGAUUCCGACGCUGGUGGAGGAGCUGAUCGCAGUGGAGAUGUGGAAGCAGAAGGUGUUCCCUGUGCUGUGCAAGCUGGAGGACUUCACGCCCCAGAACACGUUUCCUAUAUACAUGGUGGUACACCAUGAGGCUUCCAUCAUCAAUCUCCUGGAGACCGUGUUCUUCCACAAGGAGGUGUGUGAGUCAGCAGAGGAUACCGUCUUGGACCUGGUGGACUACUGCCACCGCAAACUGACUCUGCUGGUCGCCCGGACUGGCCGUGGUGGCCCCCAGGAGGAGGAGGAGUCCCCGCAUAGCACCCCCAUGCAGGAGCUGCAGGUGCAGGCAGAGCUGAUGGAAUUUGAAAUUGCGCUGAAGGCACUCUCAGUGCUCCGCUACAUCACUGACUGCGUGGACAGCCUUUCCCUGAGCACCCUGAGCCGCAUGCUCAGCACCCACAACCUGCCCUGCCUGCUGGUGGAACUGCUGGAGCACAGCCCCUGGAGCCGCAGGGAAGGAGGCAAGCUGCAGCAAUUUCAGGGAGGCCGCUGGCACACAGUGGCCCCCUCGGAGCAGCAAAAGCUGAGCAAGUUGGACGGGCAGGUGUGGAUUGCCCUGUACAACCUGCUGCUGAGCCCUGAGGCCCGGGCCCGCUACUGCCUCACAAGCUUUGCCAAAGGGCAGCUACUCAAGCUUCGGGCCUUCCUCACAGACACGCUGCUUGACCAGCUGCCCAACCUGGCAGACCUGCAGGGUUUCCUGGCCCACCUGGCCCUGGCCGAACCCCAGCCCCCUAAGAAGGACCUGGUGUUUGAACAGAUCCCGGAAAUCUGGGAGCGGCUAGAGCGAGAGAACAAAGGCAAGUGGAAGGCUAUUGCCAAGCAUCAGCUGCGGCAUGUGUUCAGCCCCUCGGAGCAAGACCUCCGGCAGCAGGCACGAAGGUGGGCUGAGACCUACAGCCUGGAUGUGCUAGAGGCAGUGGCUCCGGAGCGGCCCCGCUGUGCCCACUGUGGCGCAGAGGCUUCCAAACGCUGCUCCCGGUGCCAGAAGGAGUGGUAUUGUUGCAGGGAGUGCCAAGUCAAGCACUGGGGAGAGCAUGGAAAGACUUGUGUGCCGGCAGCCCAGGGUGAAAGAGCGAAGUGAAGGCUGCCGCUGCUGAAGGCCGACCACCAAUGCCAUACUGCCCAGCCCAAACGGGUCCCUAACCCUCAGGGACUCAGCCUGGCCUCGGCUAGGGCCCCAGCCUCCCAGGUGUUGAGAGCAGGCAGGGGAGAGCAGGCGUCCCAUCUCUCCCAGCA